UGGUUUUUCAUUUAAGUCUAUUCAAUCAUGGAAACCGGUUUAAACAUCUUAAAGCUAUCGCUAUGCGUCAGCCUAGUCGUGGUUGGAUCAUAUGCUCAGGCUCCCGCACCAUGGAAUCCAUCUAAUGGGUUUCGUCCGGGGACAUGUGACCACUACGAGUGUCCCACCUAUAAAUUGGUAGAGGCCGGAUACGGCUUUGAGAUCCGCAUGUACGACGCUGCCCUAUGGAUAUCUACUAGUCCUAUCCCCUCCCUAUCCAUGACUCAAGCCACCAAAACCGGUUUCCGACGAUUAAAUAGGUACAUAGAAGGAGAUAACAAGAGCAACGUGAAGAUGAACAUGACAGCUCCGGUGAUCGCACAAGCAACGCCUGGAAGAUCAGUCUACACGGUCUCACUCUACCUCCCGAAGAAGAACCAACAGAACCCACCUCAGGCCGAUGAUCUCCACGUUCGGUCUACGAAACCAACUUACGUAGCCGUGAGACAGAUCGGUGGCUACGUGUCGAACAAUGUAGCCAAGGACGAAGCUGCGGCUCUGAUGGAAAGCCUCCGGGAUUCUAACUGGAUUUUGCCCAUCGAGAAGAGCAAAGGAAAGUUGCCGGCGUAUUUUCUCGCUGUUUAUAACCCGCCAUCUCAUACCACGGCUAGGGUGAUUAAUGAGAUCAUGGUUCCGUUUAACAUGUAGAUCAUGUUAAUGACGCCCUCACGAUUUGAUUGUUACGUAGCAAUUGGAUUAGAAGAGGUGGUUUAGAACCGAUCGAUACUGUAACAGCAGCUUGCAGCUUCUGGUUUAACCGGUAUAAAUUGUAUCUCUGGUUAAGUGGUGAUUAAUAUUGUUAUUUUGUAAAGGUGGGGAAAACUGUAACCAAAAAGUUUGAUAAAAGAUUAAAUAAUAACUAAGAUUAUUGAAUCAAAAUUGAAAAUCAAACCUAAAUAUCAUCGAAUCAAAAAAAAACUGUAAAUGAUUUUUUCAGUUUCGCUUUUUUUUUUUUUCAGUUUCGCUUUCUAGAACACUUAUAAAGCUGUAAAAGAAAGCACCUGAUCAAAA